UAUAUUGGGAUUUUGGACAGCUUUCUUAUUCCAUCAAUUGAAGGGAUGUUUGGUAAGAUUUAUGAACAAAGAUUAUUUAUUUGCUAAAUUUUAUAAGAAAAAACACUUUUUCAUUUAUAUAGCAAAAAAAAUAAAAAUCCCAGUGGUGAAUAAAUACCACCAAAAUAAAGUUUUAUCUGUCUCAAAAAAAUGCUAAAAAAUGUAUAUGGGUACAGUGCUGCAUGACUGCGCAAUUGUCAUUCAAAGUGUGAUAGCACUGAAAGCUGAAAAUUGGCCUGGACAGGAAGGGGGUGAAAGUGUCCAGACUUGAAGUGAUUAA